AUGGGCGAAGACGAGCCUCGUGUCUAUGGCUUGUUGCGAGCAACUGGCAUUGUCUACCAAUUGGAAGAGCCUGAAACCACCAUUGGUCGUUCAGAGGAUUGUAGUAUCCCACUUGAAGGCAGAGGUGUCUCGAAGUUGCAUGCGCGCCUGACCUUCGGCAAAGAACCCCAGCUGGUGGAUCUGGGCUCCUGCAACGGCACUUUCGUGAACGGUGUGCGCCUGCGUGCGAACUCGCCCGUGACCUUGAACCAUGGUGAUAUGGUGAGGAUCGGUUUGGUGAAGUGGACCUUCAGCUUCGAACUUCCGAGAACAGACCGGAGGACAGAGAGGACUCCCAAGAGACCAAAGGUUGCGGUGGAGGAGGAUCGAAAGGAGCGAGAAAAGGGCAAGGUGCGCGAUGAGGCCAAAGCACCAGAAGCCUAUGGUGGAGCUGGCGGACCUGGGCCUUGCUAUAGUCCCUGUACGCCAGCCUAUGGUGUCCCUGGUGUCCCUGGUGUCCCUGGCGCCUGUGGAGCCUGUGGCGUGAAUGUCUUGCCGGUUCCUUUCCCGGUGAUGCAACCCAUGCCACCCAUGCCACCCAUGUACCCAGCCCAACCUCCACAAGCUCCCUUCCCAGAGAAGCGAGAGGUUGAAGCCAGGGAGCGGGAGGAUCGACGUGACUCCGAGUGGAAGCACGAACUGCUUCAGAAGCUCUGGCAACUAGAAGCGAACAUUGCUAGAUUGGCAGAUGCAAAUCAGGAGAUUUGUCAAGCUAUUCGCAGAUCAGAAAGUGACAAGUUGGAAGCUCCUCCAGAUGUUCGUGAAUCCCCUGACAUCUAUGAAGAAGAAAUCUCCAAAGCUGUUACUGCACUGACCUCUGCGGCUGAACGACUCUCCAUCAAUGCAGAACUUAUUUUGGACAAGGAGGAUCAGGUGGAAGACAAGCAAUGGAUCGGUGAAGAUUUUCCUUUGGUCAGCCAGAUUCCACCAGAUUUUCCACCACAAGCUCCGAAUCUCAGCCCGAAGAUUGUUUCAGAUGAUGAGCUCUCACCCGAAGACCUCUCACCUGAAGACUUGAAUGCUUUGAUCAUCGAAACGCAGCGGAACUUGUCCCUCUACGCAAUGGUUGUUGCUCCGUCCAGCGUUGAGGAUGAGAACGCCAGUGUGUCUUCCUUGCCAUCAUCGGCGUCAUACUACAAACACUUAAUGUUCGAAGGAGCCAUUGGAGAAACCUCUCCAGUGCUGACUGCGAUCUUGGCCAGUCUGGAGACCUUGGAAAAACUCGGUCUAAAUCAUCCGGAGGUGGGUGGUCAUCGACGUUGGCACGCUCUAGCACAAGAACUGGAGCGACUGCGCGAAGAGGAACACAUGGAAAGCCAACGACUCGAACGCAUUGAGCUGGAGGAGCGGAAUUUGAUCCACGACACGGAAGCGGAAUUGAUGCAACUGCGAGCACGAAACAAUGAAAAAGGAGAUGAGACAUCUUCACUCUUGAACGAUUUGUCUCGAAUGGAAGCACAGAAAGAUCGUCUUGAAGCAGAACUCUCGAAGUUGUCUCAGCAACUGAGAGACCAGAAGGCUCAGUAUCAGGAGGACAAAUCAAGGGCUCAGGCAGCCCUGCACUUCCAUUCACAGAAGGAAGAAGUCGCUGAUCAGCUCCAAGAGGAACGCAAUUCAGGUCGUGUACAGCGCAUGGCAACGCUGGCUCGGGUGAAACGUCUGGUGCGCGAGCUGAACAACAGCUACAGCCCCGGCAGUUGGAGUCUCAGGACUUGGCUUUCUGCUCUGAACAUGGAAGAGAACGGCUUUGCGCUGGAUGCGUACUGUGUCCCAAAAUGCGGUAGAGACGGACCGGUGCCCGGUGGUACUAUGCCCAAGGCUUCCAAUGAGGCUGGAAGUUUGUUCACCGAGGUGAAGAAAAACGCGAAGUAUCCUGGCCCUGACUACUACAAGAAGGAGGGAAAGCCCUUCGGCCAAAAGGCGCCAUUGGGGCAGUUCAGUCGGAUUGCUCGAGAUGAUCCCAAUGCCAAGAAGAACUGGCCAGCGGUGGGGCAGUACGAGACCAUCACUCCUUUGUGCACUCCUCGAACUCGCGGUGGCAUCAUGGCCAAAUGUGAGGGGCCUCAAGAGUUGAAGACCAUGGCCACCCCCUUGGAGCAUCAGGCGAAAUUGUUGGAGUGCAUUCUCCACGAGUUGCAGGUGAAAGAUUUCAAUUUCGGAGCAAAGGCCCGCCAGGUGACCCCACAGGAGGUGAUGAAGGUGACGCCUUCGCUGGCGCCCAUCGAAGUGGUCGAAGUGGCAACGGCUGGCCCGGCUGGCCACCGCAGCACUGCGCGAGACCACCUUUUGACUCCGGAGCCGGAGACGUGGUCGGAGACUCCCUCUCCCUCAGCCGCGUCAGGCACGGAGACGUGGUGGACGCAAUCCACUUCGGCCAGCGUCGAAAGUUCACCCUUGUUGAAACCAAAACAGCUCUGCCUUGACGCGGACAAGAUUCAGCUUCCGUUGGCCGAGCUUCUCCCCACCCCAAGCCUGGUGAUGUGGCGGGUGAUGAAUCCCAACGCGAAGUUCAAGGCGAGCUGCGGAUUUCCGUUGGUGUCGCAUCAACUGAGCAACCACCUCUUGGAGGAUUUCCGAGUGAUUUUUGCAGCUGGAAACACAUGGGCUUCCCAGAACAAGGGCAAAAAACAGCAGGCCUCUAGCAAGGCCGCCUCAAAGUUCGGGAGUUUGCAGCUGAAGUUUCUAGGUGACGAAGCAGUGGGCGACUUACAACUCUAUUUCCACUUGGGUGCCUACAAGCUGGGACCAUUUCGUACCUUCCCUGAGCGUAGCGUCUCGGAACUGUGCGAACUGCCUGUGGAUUGGCGACGACUGGUGGAGAAGGCAGACAUGUCGCUGACGAUCGGUGUUGCUUGGCGGAUGUAUGAUCCUCAGAAGCCAGAGGCACAUGUGGACUGCUUGGCCAUUUCUCCGGAUAAGGAACAGCUGGGCACCUUAGACUCUGACCGGAAAGAUCCUGGAAGGAAAGUGCUGAUCCAAUCCUACCCAUAUUGA